AUGGGGACCUCACCGAACGGCGCCUCGACCGGGGGUGAUACGAAGUCGCCCAAACAGUCCAACAAUGCCACUCCCCCACGUCAAAAUACUAUUCCGGAAGUGAAGCAACCCGACCCGAGUCUGAAGCCCGAUGCUGACGGCGCAAAACCUCUUGGUCCUCCCCCUCGACCUGGACAGACUACUGGAAAUACUCCCGAUUACUUCGGCGCCGGAGCCGCCUCUCUCAGUCUGGAGCCCAAUCCCUUUGAGCAGUCUUUCGGCGGAGGCGCGCCAGAGACACCAGGUGGUACGAAAUUACCAUCAGUUGCUGCUCUGACCUCGCCAUCUUCGUUGCUCCCUGGUAGCGGUGCAACUCCAUUCAACUGGGGAGGAGGUUCUUUGCGGACCGGUCCUUUGAGCCCGGCCAUGUUAUCAGGUCCUACCAGCGAUUACUUCAGCGACACGCAUCAUCUCCGUGGCGGCUUCCCGACCCCGAACGAGUCUUCGUUGAGAACUGGCUUGACUCCUGGUGGCAGUGGUUCCAUGUUCCCUGCCCCCAGCCCCAACUCUCAGCAACUCUACGCUCAGUUGGCUAGUGGUGGUGCAACGCCCAGCACCAUCGAUUUCCAUCGUACUGCAUUAAGCGCUGCUGCAAAGCGUGACACGCAGGCCCAAAAUCAAAACCAGAACCAAAACCAAAGUCAACCCCAGAACCAGACUCAAAACCACAACCAGCAACAGGCAGCCGUGACUUCGCAGCCGCAGGAUAUGCCAAACGGCGCACCUGCCGUCAAGACCGAGACAAAGCAGUUCGAUCCGCACGAUAACGACGCAGCGAACGGCCUGUUUAUGCUUGCUCAGGGUGCCCAGGGCCGAAACGGUGCUCCCAACGGCGGAUUCGCGGCAACGCAAGCACAGUCCCAGGCUCACCCACCUCCACCACCCACUCAGGGCGUAAACACGUCACCUCAAAUGAGUGCUAACGGUGCCGGAUCUGUUGGUGCCGGAUCAUCAGUACGAGGUGUUAGCGAGGGCGGAAGUGCUAUGUCGGAUGAUAGCGAGCAGGCCCGCCCCGCAGCCAGGGGUAAGGGCAAGCGCAACUCGACUGGCGGCGCCUCUACAAAUGGCCGAAGAAAGGCUGAAGAGCCUCCGGCCAAGGGCCCGCCCGCUAAGAAGUCGAAGCCGAACAACACUGCUCCCCCUAUGGACAUGAUGGGAGAUGAUAGUCAGUCGGAUGACGAUGACAUGAAGCAUGAGAACGGUGAAGGCGGAAAGUCGAAGAUGACUGACGAGGAGAAACGCAAGAACUUCUUGGAACGUAACAGAGUUGCUGCCCUUAAGUGUCGUCAGCGCAAGAAGCAGUGGCUGGCUAACCUCCAAUCAAAGGUGGAGCUGUUCAGCAGUGAGAACGACGCUCUCACGGCUCAGAUCACGCAGCUGCGCGAGGAGGUCGUAAACCUGAAGACAUUAUUGCUGGCCCACAAGGACUGUCCUGUCACCCAACAGCAGGGCCUUCACGGUGCCUUCAUGCAACAAGCCAUGGAGCCAUUCAAUCCUCAGAUGAACCCGUAUGGUAUGGCCGCUCCUAUCCCCAACCAGCAAGUCCUGGCGGCAGGUCAGGGUGUGCAACGCCGAUUUUCAUAG